AUGAUAGCUCAUGAGCGCAUAUCACCGCUCUCUUUCUCCAAAAAAGACAGCAAUGUUAGUAGUUCAGUACUGAUCGACCAAUUCCUGAAAGAAGCCAUUCAAAUACUAAAGCAUGCUGAUAAUUCUUUAAAUAAAGAUGCCACUCCAACAGACAAUGACACUGUCGCAGAGACAGACGAGCAACAAGACAAUGCUGUCACGUGGCAACUGAACCUCACACCCACCAUGAUGACGCUGGACACAAGCAUUUUAACAGUAUCUGGAUUAGAGAAAGUGCUGGAACUGAUUCGAAUCAAUGUGAAGCCGCAACCGCCCAAGUUCAAGUAUAAGAAGAAGGUGAAUUCAGAUCAAUUUAAUGCGAUAUUUCGGCACACUAUCGAACCUGUGCUACGACUGUCUACUGCCAUGACUAUUCCGCGCAUAGAACAGCUUGAAAAGUACCAUUCAAUGCAACUGAUGAGACACUGUGUGCAAUGCUUUAUUGACUGUGGCUACUCAUUUUUCCUGGACGUUCCCAGUCUAAUUGCAAAUACAGAGAUGAUCCUAUCUCAACCAGGCGCUGCGAAAGAACACACGGUCGAAACACUGCUGACCCUCAGCAUUUGCACACUCAUGAUCCACCAUACAACACUGCACCACAAGGGCCUUGUGUCGGUUGCCAACGCACUGAUGCACGCGUACUAUGCUCAGGCUCGCCAGUUGUUACAGGAUCUGUUUGAUGUGCAUCAUAUAUCCGUGGUACAGUCAAUGUUUAUAUUAUCAUUGUUUCCCCAGGGCCAUAUGCAUCUGUUCUCUCAGGCACGAAUAAAAACACCUCUACUCACUAUGGCGAUUCGAAUGGCACUGGCAAUGGAUCUGCACAAACUGGAUAGACAAAACACAAAGGAGUCGGAUCAGAAAGAGAGGUUGCGAAGACUAGGCUGGAUGUUGCUGUGCGCAGAUUACUAUGCGGAUUUCAAUACAACGGGACAGACGGGUCUGAUUGAUGUUGUGGAUUGGCAUGUCGACUUUCCACAGCCACUGCCGAACGAAAGGGGGUCGAUCAAGGUAGAGUUCUUUUCGCAGUAUUGCCGCAUCGUCAUGCUGCGAAAGAUGGAACUACUCAAAUCAGCCUACAUGUUGUCGCUGCAAUCACCCAAGGCACUGGAAUCCGGAUUAGACGAGCAACUGUUUCAAACUUACUUUAAUACACCAGACAUCUUCAAGUUGGAUUUUGACAAACCAAAUCAGGCAUGGAAUAUCAAAUCCAAUUUUGAAUCGCUGCUACUACACGAACUCUACUGUCAUAGCCAGAUAUUUGCCCGAGUACCAUUCAUACCAAAACGUUAUUUCGAUGCAUUUAUAAGGGAAGAGGACGCUUCGAGAUGUGCUGAUCUGAACGACAUUUACCAGCGAAUUGUGCAAGUGGCGGACACAACAAACACCACACUACCCUUCACAAAAAUCAACCCGUCCAUAAUAACCUCAGCAGUCGAUUUCCCAACAGAAAAUGACCACGAACUCGAGUUUUAUGUCGUAGUUGGUUGUUUGACAAUACUCGAUAAUUAUACCCUCAUCUUGGAAGCACUCACCUUCAUGGAUACCAUUGGCUGUCACUACAGUCCAGUCUAUGGCAUCAUGUUGACCAUCCACCUCUACCUCGUCAUUGAUCGCUCUUGUCACAUCCCUGAAGUGAAGUCCAUAUGUCAAAUCAACCUGAAUCGAUCACAGCUGAUUUUGCGUCGUGCAAGAACUGUAUUCGCUGAUCCUGCCAUCUUGUUUAUAGAGAGAAUGCUGGCAAGACAUCAUAUUUCACCCCAAGAAGAGGCUUCCAUCUGUACAUUAGACUCACGAACCCAUGAUAUUAUACGUUCAUUACAAGCAAAAGCAUCCUAUCUACAUCACCAUUACGAUGAUAAUGAAGAUGAGGAUUUCAAAGAAUAA